AUGGAGGGGUCGCCCGGAGGCCCGAAACAGAACAAUAGUCUCAACCCGACUUCGAACUCCCAAGUUAUGUCGUCCCAGGCGGCGAGGCCGUCCAUUCGUGGCCCCCCGGCCGGUGGCAGGGCCCACGACAGUAACGGCUCUCGACCGGUGCCGGCUGGUACUGGACACGCGGUGGCACGCCAUCAACCGCCGCCCGGCCUGUUGCUGCAGAGUUCGGGAGGGCGGGGGCGCGGCGGUCAGGUCGGCGCACCCAAUAACAUGACGCCGGCGGCAUUGUUUGCCAACCUGCUGGCUGCGCACAAUGUCGGCCACGGCCACGGUCAGGGGCUCAGCGUCGCGGGCGUCGGCGCGAAGCCCAAUUUCCCGCCGGAGCUCCUGAAAUCAAUAUCAGUAGCCGCACACGGGCUCCCCGGCGUGCACACUUCGAAGCAGAUGUCGAGGCCACAGACCGCUCUGCCGGAAGGAAGGUACCAGAGGACCGUGGCUGUGGCGGUGAGCGAGGGGGUUCAGGGGAGUGGGAAUGGGCCGCCCCUGGUCGUCCAGUCCAAGGCCCCUGGCCAGGCUCCCAGGUCCAGGUCUGGCCCGAAGGUUGACCAGAAGAACAUGCCAUCCCAGCUGGCCAGCAGGGUGCGGCAGCUGGGACUCCAGGGCGGCCUGCAAAGUGGCAGGACACUCCAAGUACAGGGUGUGAACAGUGGGCAGAGUGGCAACAUUGUGAUAGCCCCGUCGGCCCCCGCCAGUCACAGCGGCCAGAGGGAGGGCUUCCCCCUGCCGCAGGACACAGGCCGACAGACCUUGGCCUCUGCAAAUAGUCUUGCCAGGACUUUGGGGCCCCUGAUGCAGCAGCAGGACAGACCAAACCAGAGGACCCAUGGCGUGCAUGUGGGCUCGACCAUGAGCACACCCCCAGCAAAGGCCCCACAGCAACGGGCUAAUGUGACCAGCGCUUCACGGGUACCCACGAGCGUGGCACUGAAUCUUGCCCCCAUGAUGCUGAAAGGCACAAGCAGCAGCGCCAACCUGCCAGGCAACUUGACGCUUGUGCCAUCGUUCCUGGUUCAGAUGCCUGGUGGCCAGUUCCGCCUGGUCAACUCCUCACCCUUCUUGGGCCUCAGGGAGGAGGGGCAGGGAGCCCCAAGCGAUGGCACGUCAAACGUUGGUGACAAAGGGAAGCAGAGUCCUGCCAUGCCGGCCACCAUCCAGCCAAUGUCACGGCCUGAAGCAAAGAGCAGCAAAGCAAUCUCUUCCCCUACAGCUGUCCAGCUGAGCAUGUCAAGACCUUUCGGAAGGACUGUACCAAUGGAGAGGCCCCAAAGACUGCCCAACGUAAUUACAACCAUCCCACAGGAGGCUAAGGCCCAACAGCCGUUCCAUUUUUCAGCAGCAAGCUUGGGCAUGAUGAAGUCAGAUGCAGGCACCCCAAGGGCACGAUUCCCUCAGAGUUACAGGGUCAAGGAGCCAGCUCUGUUGCGGAGGAGGACACAACAGGAGGAAGAGCAGCAUGGACUGGCAGCAGUGGCAUCACCAGUUACGCUGAGCGGAACAAGCAUGAAUGACCGUGACCAACAACUGGUGCAUGGCCAUAAUUCGGAAGGGAACGUGUCUGACAAGGAGGACAAGGACAUGAUAUCAGUGGCGGAAAGCCUGAAAGACCUGUCCAGCAUGGAGAUGCGUCAAGCGUCAGACAGCCCCCCUCAGCAGGCAACAGGCACACCAGAAAGGGAGGCUGCUCACGACGUGGACAGCACGAGUUUCAGCCACAAAGAUAGGACUGGGGAAGCCAGCGACAGAUCUGGUACUGGUACCGAUGCGUUUUCUGGUUUGGAUGUUCUUAUUGAUGCUGCAACAAAGACAGAGGGGGAAUUCUUUCGCAGCCUUUCAAAGCCAUCUGCCAGCCGUGGAAUUUCGAAGCGUCGCCGUGGGAUUCAUGGCCCAAUACAUAUCUCUAGAAGCUCCACUCCAGUUGCUGACAGCAUCCCCAGUGCUUUCAGGCUGCACCAUCGAUACAUGGGCAUCAGCAUAGUAUUGCGCAGUGGAAAGUAUGUGGCACGCUGCCGGCACAAGGGCGAGGCAAUAGAGAUAGGCCAGUUUGAUUCUGCCGAGAGUGCAGCAAAGGCUUACGAUCGCACGAUCCUGGGUCUGAGAGGUUGGGAUGCCCGCACUAACUUUCCCAAGGAGGACUACAUGAAGUUUGAGGUGGAGAACACUGCACGUGCAUUCAAGACUAAAGAGAGCCAGAGGAGCAGGGUGGGAGGGCGCCGGAGGAGGGAGUCAUGGUCGCCAUGGGCAAGGGCAGCACAGACUCUCCUGGGUCCAGAGCGCUCAGAUGCAAGCACGUGUGCGCCCAGGUCAUUGAAGCUUGGGGAAGCCAUGCCAGAAGCACGAACAGCACAAGUGCAGCGCAUGAUGACGGUGCUCAGCCAACUGAGAAUGCAGAACCCCGUCGUGUUUGACGAGGCCCUGGCCAAAGUGCAGAGCGCAGCUUUCAGUGGAGAUUCCAGCGCUGUGCCAGCCGAUGCACCCAACGGCCAACCCCUCCCACUGCUGCAGGACAUCGAUCAGCCAACCCAGAACAUUGAGGAGACCCUGAAGGCGGUCCUGACCCGUGUCGAGGUGCUGCAGAAAUUGGUGGCUUCUGGGAACGGGUCUCAGGAAGAUAGGAUGUCACUGGAGCAGCACAGGUAUGCCGCAGAGGUGCUGCAGAACAUUCUGAACGCCAAGACAACGAGGCAGGGGAAUUGCGCCCAGACAUCGACGCCCGGGGCGCUGGGCAGACCGAUGCACAUAAAGAGCGAUCCGGACACUUACUCUGCCGCCUCCGACCGAGGUGGGGAGCCGAGCUGGAUAGCCCAGCCAGGGGUCAGCCACGGGCAGUGGAGGAAGGGCGGUAGCCAAGCUUUUGGUUUCGACCGCGAUGGUGGCGACGCACGGGUCUCCGGCCCAUCGAGGUUCGCCGCCCCAGGGGCGCGUUGCGCGAAUGAGGUCGGCCAUACGGGCGCGGGGUUCGGUCUGCUGCCUUUCCAGCCGACGCGCCUGGCGGGCAGGAAGAGCUGCCAUCCGUCGGACGCGCCGGGCCGAGCGUCCGGCGCCGCCAGGCCGCUCGGCGGACUCGAGAAGCUGGGCGACCUGUCCGGCAAGGUGCAGACCAUCCUGUCCGGCGGCUCCCUGCGCCGGCUGGGCCUGGACAACGGCAGGUGCCCGCUGUCGCCCAAGGUGCCGUCCCGCCGGCCGCUGGCCGUGGCGCGGAGGUCCGCCCGGAACUGCCCGCGACGGGACACGGACAUCUGGGUGAUGCCCUCUCUGCGCGGCAGGGGUGCGCGGCGGCCAACGGGAUCGGGCCUAGGCCGGUCCACCUUUAUUGACCCGGACGCGGACGACGCCGAGGAAGAGCUGGACGACCGCGCUCGUCGCGGACGAACAGUGUAUCGAUACGGGCGACGGACCGUGCCCAGGCGGACCGUGGGGACGGGCCGUGGGCGCGGGAGGGGGUACCGGGGUCGAGGGCGGGGCCGCGGGGCCCGCCGCGGCACCGGCAGGGGCCGCCAGAGGAGAGCAGUGGCGAUCGGUAGUUGGGAGACGCCGCCGGUGGGCGGCCAGGGGAAGAAUGGGGAAAUUUGCGAACUCGUUGGCGCCCGUGAGAGCGACGUGGUGAUUGAGGAGGUGGCGGAGGCGCUGGCGUUCAUGAGGGAGGAGGGUGGGCAGGGGUCUCGGGACCACGGCGGCGAGACGCGACCGUCAAAAGAGUCGUCGAACGGGCGGCGCGAGGAAGGGGCGGUGGGUGACGUGAGGGUGGAAGCUGCGCGGCAGGUGUGCGUGGAGGAGGGAGGUGCCACUGGCGGGGAGGGGGGAGAGGAGGAAGAGUGGGAAGAGUCGGAAAGCCUGGCGCCGCCCGCGGCCGGCCAGCCCGGGGUCAUCGGGAACGAGGAGCUGAAGCGCUACAGGGAGAGCUUGGGAUGGGGGAAGCUGCUGGCGUGCUCGCUGUGGCCCAAGAAGCGUGGCGGGGGCAUGCUGGCCAAGUCGUUCGACGGCAAUUACAAGGGGCACGGCCACAGGGUGAUGCUGUUGGACGUGAGGGACGAACUUUUCAAGGGCGUCGGCAGGGGCGGUGGGGAUGACCCGAUCAGUCAGCAGGCGGGCCUGUGA